CUCCCCUUCAAAGAUCCCUCUCUUCCUCACUCACUCUCAUAUCUCUCUUUUCAUAAAAAAGAGCGAAUUAAAGCUCAUCAUCAAUGGCUUCCACAAUCAAGAAAGUGAACAUGAUUACUCAAAUAGUACGACUAAAACAAGUAGUCAAACGUUGGAAAAACAAAUCCCUUAAACGCCACACCACCAUCCUUUCCUACUCCUCAUCCGAUUCAGAUGAACCGGCCUUGUCCGGUUCGAACCGGCGUACACCUUCGGGUUCCUUAGCAGUUUACAUAGGUCCAGAAAAAACCCGGUUCGUUAUCCCAACCCGGUUCUUGAACCUACCCAUAUUCAUUUCGCUACUCGAUAAGGCAGAAGAGGAGUUUGGGUAUCAAAGAACCGGCGGUUUAGUUUUGCCAUGUGAAGUUGACUACUUUUCGGAUAUAUUAAGGUUGUUGGACCGGGAUGAGGAACGGUUCGGUUGUUUAGGUUUAGAUGAGCUUGUUAAGAUGAUUAGUGAAGUGGGCUUUGAAUCUUUAGAUCAGUCUUGUAAAGAAGCUGCUUCACAUGGAUUUGCUCCUCUCUUGCAGAAUGCUAGGGUUUAAUCCGCGGAAUUAUUUGAGGUGCGCGCAAGUGGGUCACGGUUAUCAAGAAAAUGCUAGGGUUUAACCAGUGAAAUUAGUGGAGUUACGCGCAAGCUGGUCGGGACAACUCGGUUAUAAAAAAAAAUGCUAGGUUCAACCCGGUUUUUUUGUUCUGACAAUGUCCGGUCCGGUUCUUGAAGGAGUAAGCUCUAGGGUUAGUUUUUUUUCCUUAAAAUAACUGUAAAUGGUAGUGGAUUGGUAAAAUGUGGUCCAUGGCUACCUGACCUUUGGAGAUUUCUAGGUAGUUCUUUUUUUUUCAUCUUUUUUAGUUUUUUUUUUUCCUUAUAUUAAAACCAUCCUUAAACCCAGAAUUUAAUUUUCUGAAGGUUUGCUGGGUUCCAAUGAGAUGUGGGUGAUUUUUUUUUUUUUUUUUUUUUUUUGCUAUUUUCCCAGACAAUUAAUAGUUGGUCUGGUGGUGGUGACAGAGUCGGAGAGGCUGAUGAUUGUAAUUAUAUUAUUAUCAUUAUUAAGAUGAUGGUGAAAGAAAAAAAAGUAGCUCGAGUUAAUGUAAUAUUCAUAUUGACUUUAGAAUUUCAAAAA